CUUCACCUUAACGGUACUACUACGUCACAUGUCAACUUCCGGUCUUUUCCGCUUCCGUUGUAUCCAACAAGAUGGUGCAACGUUUAACUUUAAGACGACGAUUGUCGUACAACACCAAGUCAAAUCAGAGACUUCCUGUUCGAACUCCAGGUGGUAAAAAAGUUUAUAUCUACACCAAGAAACGAGGCAAGGUUCCUAAAUGUGGCGAUUGUAAACAGUCAUUAAAAGGCUUGAAACCAUGCCGACCCGUUGAUAUGCCUAAAAUGUCCAAGAAACGAAAGACAGUUAGCCGAGCUUACGGUGGUUCCAGAUGUCACAGAUGUGUCAGAUCUAGGAUUCUCCGAGCCUUCCUUAUUGAAGAACAGAGAAUAGUUGUCAAGGUUUUAAAGGCACAUAAAGCUGGCAAAAAAUAAAAAUCAUAGUUGUACAAAAAUAAAAAAAAAUAUUUAAAAUUUA